GGAGAGUCUUUGCAGCAAAUUGGCCUCAAGAAGUCCAGUUCUAAGUAAAAUGUCAUCUGUGGAUGGAUUGCUUGUACGCCUGGUUUUCUGGUGUGCUCCUAAGUGUUCUGGAGGCAGGACAGAAACAGAACUCCAGUCAUUCAGAUGUAGCUGAUGGUGGACCUAUUUUCACAGAGAAACUCUCGAACUGGACAGAGAGAAAUGAAAAAAGGAUCAUCCUGAGCCAGAUUAUUUCCAUGUACUUGGAAAUGUUUGAAAACAUUGACAAGUCAAAGGCGCACGUCAGGCACAUAGCCGAGGAGCUCCAUACUCUGAAAAACAGCCUUCCUGACAGCUCCAAGAAAGUAAAAGACCUCAUGGACAUAGCAAAACUUCAGAUGACUGACUUGAAAAUUCAACGUAAAGCUGUGAAUGAGCUGUUCAUUGUCUUACAAAAACUGGUGGAGACUUCAACUUCUCACAAAAGGAAAAGGAGCCAGUCUCAGUGGAGGUGCAGAUGCUAAUGACAUCAU